CAAAAUAGUGAAAGCUAGCACGGCUAAAAUGACUACCCAAAAUUCUCAACUGCAAAAUUCCGAUAGCUUGCCUACCAAAAGUUCUAUGGAAGAAAUCCCAGUAUUUAACGUUCCUGAAAUGAAGAAAGAAGAAAACAAACCGGAAAAAGCAAUACCGACUCAACCAGAAGAUUUAGUCGCUUCAACGCCUAGAAAUUCCAAGAUUAUUACUCCCAAGGUUAUAAAUUCUUCUGAGAUUAUUGAAAUCCCUUCCCCUGUUAGCGAUAAAUUGGAAAUAUCCCACUUCACCAGAAAAUAA